GGGUGGGCAGAAAGGGGACGGGUGCUGCUGCUGAGCUGUCUCCUGACUGGGUCACACACUGCUGCUGGGCUGUCUGGGGAAGGCUAUAAAACAGAGCCAAACCAGUGCAGCUGGCUUAGAGAAGAGACUGAAUUCUGCAGCCGGCAAAGGACCCGCACACAGCCUCUGCUGCCUCCUGCAUUUUUUUUUCCUGGAAUACAGAGCUGACCUUGGGAGCAAGAUGUGCAAGGGACUUGCUGCACUGCCAGCCACAUGCUUGAAAAGUGCCAAAGAUAUGAAACAUCGUCUGGGCUUCUUGCUGCAGAAGUCAGAUUCCUGUGACUACAGCUCUUCCCAGGGCAAGAAGGAGAAAAUAUCUCCUACCCAGAGGGUUAGCCAAGAGGAAGUCAAAAAGUGGGCAGACUCUUUGGAAAACUUGAUCCAUCAUGACCGAGGACUGGCUGCUUUCCGGGCUUUUCUCAAAUCUGAGUACAGUGAAGAAAACAUUGAGUUCUGGGUCAGCUGUGAGGAGUACAAGAAAACCAAGUCGCCAGCCAAGCUCAGCCCCAAGGCCAGAAAGAUCUACGAUGAGUUCAUCUCUGUGCAGGCAACGAAAGAGGUGAACCUGGAUUCAUGCACACGGGACAAGACAAGCCGGAAUGUGCUGGAGCCUACACUGUCCUGCUUUGAUGAGGCUCAGAGAAAAAUAUUCACUCUUAUGGAGAAAGAUUCUUACCGCCGUUUCCUCAAGUCCCACUUCUACCUGGACUUGGUCAGCCCACCUGGUACUGGCUACGGGCCUGAAAAUUGCAAAAGAACCCACACUCACACCUUAGACUGCAACUCUAACAUCGUCUCUCAGUGUGCCUGAACCUGCAGCAAGCCAGGAGCGGGCAGGGCUGUUGCAGGAGUAUACGGCAGCAAAAGCAUUCAUUGGCAUGAAGCAACAGAGCUGUCUCCAGUAGCUGUCUAAUAUCCCAGUUGUGUCCCAUGUCAUGCAACAGUCAGCAUUUGUAACCCAAGUCAGGCUCAGUUUGUGUAGCAAACCCUCCUGUGACUCCAUCGAUGUAGGAGCCCUGGAGUCUGUUGGACAUGAAAGCUGGGUGAAAUCCUUGUCUGUCUGCUGUGUUUUUGAUGUGCAUUGUGAGCCCGGCUGGGCUGGUGCUGUCGGGAAAAGGUGUACACACUCAAACCCAGCACUAACCACAAAGGGUCCAGACAUGCAAUGUCGCAGUGAGGCACCUAGAAAGGAGCAGGGGAAAGAGGAAGCCGAGGGAAGUGUUGGGGACUGUGAUCUCCUCCUUUAUAAUCAGCAAAAGCUUAGAUAGAAAGGACUUUCUCUGGUCCUUAGCUGUUCAUAGAGCUCCCAAAUAUCCAGGCUUUCAGUAGCAGUUGCUCAGAACUCAAGCUGUCUUGCAUUACGCUAGUCAGAUUUAGGAACGGCUCUUACCCUUUCUUAAAGGGGCACCAAAACUUUCCAGACUAGCAAACAGCCUCCCUUGGUCAUUACAGCCAAAAUUGCAUGAAAGCCCUCCCCCGUGGCUGCUUUUCCUGCUAUAACAUCUAAUUUAUGCUGGCCAAGGAUCUUUCCUAGGGCUGUACAGAGCUGUUAUUUUGGGAAAGGUUCAUUCUGUCAAUAAUAAUUGUAUCUUUCAAGCUCUCAGAUUAAAAACACCUUCCUAAUACCAUAAGUGAGCAGAGCUGUUUCCUUCCCUCUCAGACUGGCAAGUGUAUAUUACUAACUCUGGGAGGGCCGUCUGAUUUCAGGUUUGCCUGCCCUCCUUUGUCUGAGGCGGUUUGUGAUUGGGAUAGGAUCACUACUGCACCAGCUGAGGAGAAGAGGCCAUGCUUGGGAAUACUUGACACUGAAUACUUUUAUUAUACUUUUAUUAUUUAUGUGAGUCUAUAAUUUGGUAGUAGCGUUACUUGUUUUUUCCUUGAAAGUGGUAAGAGGAAUGUGUUAGUCUCAUUGCUGCUCCAGGGUUCUGCUAGAAGACAAUUUAUUUUUUAAUCGCUAUGGUUAGAUUUGGCCUUCGCUCAGGGCCCUUGGGACCUGACACUGACCUGCACUUGAAGGCACAAGGAAUAAGUGCUGAGCUUGCCAUCUUGGGCUGGAGGUACCAGGCAUUUCCAGUGAGCAGCUGGAAGCGCCUGCUCUGAGCAGACCCAUGGCUGUAGGUCCUGCUCUCCUCGGGGCUUGGUCUUUCCUUAGUUUGGAUAGAGCUGCUCUGACAACCAUGUAUUCCUCACUCUGCAUCCCAGUCCAGACAACAUUUCUCACACUGGGGUUUUGACAUGGCAGGAGAAGGUUGUAGUUUUCACAGUAGGCACUUCCAGGCCCACAGAGAAACAACUCUUUUAGUACUCGCUUUAUUUGGUAUUUAUUAGCUCAUAUUGAAACACACAAGCCUGCAUGUUGAGCUAAAAGAUGGAGAGGCUUUUUUAGGAUCUCAGCCAGCUCUGAACUUACCAAGCACGUGGCUGUGUUUUAUUUUCCCCUGGUACCGGGAACUCCUGAUAACCCUUGAAAAAAUGUAUCUGUGCUUAAAUAAGGACAAAUACCCUCUAAAUAAAAGAUAUUUGCAUUAGUCCCUUCUAAAAUGUCAUUCUGUGAAACCAAUAAGCACAGAUACAGUUCAUUGACUAAGGUUACUUUAAAAAAGUCAUUUUACAAAUGACUUCACUCCAAGAUUGUUUUAAGUCAUGGAAAGAUGAAACAGCCAUUAUAUCUAUCAGAUACCCUGUUCAGAGGAACCCAGACCCUUUCAGUUAUUUACGGUCUUUCAGGUAUUUCAGUUAUAUUUGGUGAAAGGGGUCGCGGCAGCCCAGGAGCCCAGCUGCAGCCCUGUCCAAGGAGCAGUGCUGCGCUGCAGCUGGCGCGAGCCUGGCCUGUCCUGCUCUGUGCCAGGGAAAACUCGGGGGAGCGUUUCCCCCUUGCCCAGGAGGACGUUUUCCUGGCCAGAGCUCCAGAGGGGAACACGUUUCGGCUCAACUGUGUGAAGCUGCUGGCUGAGGACAGCGUGGGUGCAGGGUGAGCAGGGCUGGCUUUUGCUCAGUCCCUGCCACAGUGAAUAAAUCUUGCACCUUACUGCAAAAGAGACAAAAUAAAUAGUCUAUCAAGAUAGUAGCAGAAAUAUGUUUAUAUAUGGAUUACUGAGUGGUACAGGAAUAUGAAUUAACAUAGCCAGUUCCUCAGUGCACACCGAUGUCCCACGUCUUCACCAUGCAAUGGGGCUCUUACUAGUGGACAUCCCACGGGAGAACUUCAAGCUAAAAAAUGGCUGCUCAGUUGUGUAGGGAGCCCAUCUCCCAUGAUGGCCACUGUCCAGUCCUUGGCCACGCCACUUGGCACCCUCCAGCCGGGGUGCUUCAACAUGUGGCUAAGGUGCAGGGAGGGUCUGGGCGAGAGUUCGGACGUGCUCAGCCUUGCGCGCAGCAGCGCCCACCACUGCCUUGCAGUGAAGCGGCCAAGCCUGGACUGGGGCAGGUCAUCCUGCUGCCAGCACGUGGGGAGCCUUGACAGGCCAGCGGAGACUGGGGACACCAAGUUAACUGGAAAACA